AUGUCAAUAGAUGAAUUAGAAUAUUUGAAAUCAAAUAUUGGUGGUUCAUUUUCAACAAAUGGAUUUCUUUCUACAUCAAAAAAUUGUCAUGUUGCUGGAUCAUUUUUCAGUGGUGCUGCUGAUACUAAUCAAUCAAAACCUUUUGUUUUUGAAAUAACUGUCAAUGGAUCUAAUCUUCAAAAUACGAUUUUUGUUGAUAUUGGCACAUAUAAUGGUUGUUAUAAUGAACUUGAAAUCUUAUUUAAUAUUGGAACAAUUUUUAAAAUUGAAAAUAUUUGUUAA